GGGGGAGCGCGCCAUGGAGCACGUGACGGAGGGUUCCUGGGAGUCGCUGCCAGUGCCCCUGCACCCACGGGUGCUGGGGGCGCUGCGGGAGCUGGGCUUCCCGUACAUGACGCCGGUGCAGUCCGCAACCAUCCCUCUGUUCAUGAGAAACAAAGAUGUCGCUGCAGAAGCGGUCACAGGUAGUGGCAAAACACUCGCUUUUGUCAUCCCCAUCCUGGAAAUUCUUCUGAGGAGGGAAGAGAAGUUAAAAAAGAGACAGGUUGGUGCCAUCAUCAUCACCCCCACUCGAGAGCUGGCCAUUCAGAUAGACGAGGUCCUGUCGCAUUUCACAAAGCACUUCCCUCAGUUCAGCCAGAUUCUUUGGAUCGGAGGCAGGAAUCCUGGAGAAGAUGUUGAAAGGUUUAUGCAGCAAGGUGGGAACAUUAUCGUGGCCACUCCAGGCCGCUUGGAGGACAUGUUCCGAAGGAAGGCGGAAGGCUUGGACCUGGCCAGCUGUGUGCGGUCCCUGGAUGUCUUGGUGUUGGAUGAGGCAGACAGACUUCUGGACAUGGGCUUUGAGGCAAGCAUAAACACCAUCCUAGAGUUUUUGCCAAAACAGAGGAGGACGGGUCUUUUCUCUGCCACUCAGACACAGGAAGUGGAGAACUUGGUGAGAGCAGGCCUCCGGAACCCAGUGCGGGUCUCAGUGAAGGAGAAGGGCGUGGCUGCCAGCAGCACCCAGAAGACUCCCUCCCGCCUAGAGAACUACUACAUGGUAUGCAAGGCAGAUGAAAAAUUUAAUCAGCUGGUACAUUUUCUUCAAAAUCAUAAGCAGGAAAAACACCUGAUCUUCUUCAGCACCUGCGCCUGUGUGGAAUACUACGGCCAGGCCCUGGAGGCCCUGGUGAAGGGCGUGAAGAUAAUGUGCAUACAUGGGAAGAUGAAGUACAAGCGCAGUAAGAUCUUCAUGGAGUUCCGCGGACUGCAGAGUGGGAUUUUAGUGUGCACUGACGUGAUGGCCCGGGGAAUAGAUAUCCCUGAAGUAAACUGGGUUUUGCAGUACGACCCUCCCAGCAGUGCAAGUGCCUUUGUGCAUCGCUGCGGCCGCACAGCCCGCAUCGGCCAUGGUGGCAGUGCUCUGGUUUUCCUCCUGCCCAUGGAAGAGUCGUACAUCAAUUUCCUUGCAAUCAACCAGAAAUGCCCCUUGCAGGAGAAGAUGCUCGAGAAAAACACAGCCAACCUUCUGCCAAAGCUCAAGUCCCUGGCCCUGGCCGACAGAGCUGUCUUUGAAAAGGGCAUGAAAGCUUUUGUGUCAUAUGUCCAGGCUUAUGCAAAGCAUGAAUGCACCCUCAUUUUCAGAUUAAAGGACCUUGAUUUUGCCAGCCUUGCACGAGGUUUUGCCCUGCUGAGGAUGCCCAAGAUGCCAGAACUGAGAGGAAAGCAGUUUCCAGAUUUUGUACCUGUGGACGUUGACACAGACACUAUUCCAUUUAAAGAUAAAAUUAGAGAAAAGCAGAGGCAGAAACUACUGGAGCAACAAAGAAAAGAGAAAAUAGAAAAUGAAGGGAGAAAAAAAUUCAUAAAAAAUAAAGCUUGGUCAAAGCAGAAGGCCAAAAAGGAAAAGAAGAAAAAAAUGAAUGAGAAAAGGAAAAGGGAAGAGGGUUCUGAUAUUGAAGAUGAGGACAUGGAGGAACUUCUUAAUGACACAAGGCUCUUGAAAAGGUUAAAAAAAGGCAAAAUUACUGAAGAAGAAUUUGAGAAGGGAUUGUUGACAAGUGGUAAAAGAACAAGCAGGACAGCAGAUUUAGGACCCUCAGACUUGGAAGAUGACUGCUGAUUCCUGUGCCACAGACCUGCGGGGCACAGCUGACCUCUGACUGGGCACACGGCUCCCCGCUGCCUUUACUGCAAAUCAGAACUGCAGAUCUUGUCCAAGAAUCACAUCUCUACAAGCUGUCCCUUUAGACUGGGGGAAACUAGGGGUUUCACACUCAUGAGUAGUGUACUAAAACCAUACCAGUCUUAAAGAAAUCUAACAGAAGAAAAUGUAAAAUUUUUUGAGUGUAAAUAAUAGAUGUCAAUAUUUAUUUACCUUGAUGGGUCUCCUAUAACUAAAGAGUUCAUUUUUUCUGAGGUUA